UGUGGGAUCGAGCCCAAAUCAUUAAUAAAACACCGUUUUACACAUGUGAUCAAUUCCAAAAACAAAACAUUCCCGAGUCACGCAUAAAACACUUUUCAACAGCGUCUCAUUAUGGAUUGGAGGCCGGAAAAUCAACUUGUGAAAAUAAAAGCAUAGAGGAUGCCAUGGGGACAAUUAAGAAUAAGCCUAUAAAGUCGACUAGGCUUAAUCCACACGCAGGGGUUGUCAAACCACCAAAGAAGUCCAAGGUUAAAAAGGUUUCCCCCAUCACUGUCGAGAAAUUUGAAUCCCAUUUCAAGGGUAAAGGGACUCCUACCACUGUUGAGAAAGAAGAAUCCCAUUCCCAAGUUGCAAAUCAGAAAUCGGGAAAACUUAAGGAUGCAAAAGUGACAUUUAAACGCGCAUACACAGGCUUCAAAUCAGCGAUUGAAGCAGAUGACGAAAAACUCGUGUGGUCAGCGUACAACGACUGGAAGGAAAGUCGCAAAACAGUUUACAGUAGAUUGAUUGAUUAUUAUGUUGAUCUUGGACUCUUGGAUAAAGCGUUUAGUGUCCUUAAUGAUUUUACGCCAAACAAACUGAUGCCUGAUAAGUCGAGUAUUUCGGAUCUUUUUCAAGAGAGCAUUUCGCUAGGUUUAAUUCCAAGUUACACCACUUGUACAAGCGUGAUGUAUAAAGCAUCGGAUUUGCAAGAAACCAUGAAAUU